UUUAAAAUUAAUAAAGUAUUAUUAAAGGAUGAUAAAAUGAUGGGGAAGGAAUAUUCAAUAUUUCUUAAUUACACAAUUUUCAUCUUGUUUGUUUUUUUUUUUUUUUAUUUAAUGAGUUUCGAAUUUUUUCCGUCGAUAUAUUACGUUAAUCUUAAUUAAUAAUUUUUUUUCAGGGCUUUAGCGCGCUCCAUAUCGCCGUGAAUGACAGAAACUCGGCGAUGGUGGAGUAUUUAUUGUCUCAUCCGGACAUCGAUCCGGGUGACACGCAUCUGCACGCGAUCAGGGAUAAUCAGGUGAGGAUCACCAUAUUGAUACUGAACAAGCUGAAUGAAUUGACACCGGGCCUCGAAUACGCCGGUGUCACUCACAGCCUCGAUUUCCCGGACGACACGAUCCCCCUCGCCGUCGCCGCGCAAUACGGACACUUCGAGAUGAUUGAUAUGCUCAGAUUCCGACGUCACAUCCUGCAGAAACCCCAUCCGCCUAGCUGCAACUGCGACGAAGUCUGCAAACCGGAAAGAGAUAGGAGUGACAUUCUGACCAUAGGAAAAAUGAGAUUGUUCCUAUACAGCGCGAUUUCGAAUCCGAUAUAUAUGUGUCAAACUGAGGAAGAUCCGAUCCUACGAGCCUUUGAAUUAUCUGCCGAACUUAGCAGGGAAGCUUCAUUCGAUAGAGAAUUUUAUCCCGAUUACAAAGCCUUGUCUGACGAGGUGGCCGAUUUCGCGACGGACUUGAUCGCAUGCGCUCGUACGGCUGAAGAAGUCGAAUGUGUAUUAAGGCAAAUCACCGGUUUCGGUCGUAGUUCCACUUUCAUAUACCCAAGACUUUUGCUAGCUCUGGAUUACGAGCAAAAGACCUUUGUGGCUCAUCCGAAUGUACAGCAGAUCGUUGAGAGUAAAUGGAUCGGCACCUGGCACGAGUGGAAGGUCAGAAGAACGUGGUUAAAGUGUCUGUCAGUGAUCCCGCAAAUUGCCGCGCUACCGAUCGUAGCGUUCGUCGAGCUGUUCGCCCCAAACUCGAAAUGGGCCAAGUUUUACGAGAUCCCGGUCAAUAAAUUUCUCCUCCGUGGCGAAUUACUUGAUAUUUCUCACGUUCGUGUUUCUGCAAUCGCGCAGCGACAAAACUGA